CAUGAUUUCUUUGACAGAGUAUAUAAAUAGUAGAGAUGGUCUCUCUGGAAACAUUAGUUUGAAGCAGAGCUUACAGCAGGUUGAACAACAGUAACGAGUAUUUUGGAAUCGCUAAAGGAUACUCUUCAAGAUCAUUAUGAAUGUAAACUGCGCUAUAAUUAUUCAGAUCCUGUGCAUGAUGGUGUUACUAAGUAAUACGAACGCCAUACCCAAAUAUGAGGAAGGUCAAAAAUUCCAUUCUGAAAAGGUUCAGCGAAAUCGAUCAUACUACAAUGAAAAUAAAACACAAUUGAACGAGCCGCAGACAGCCUCAACCAAAGAUAGACUUGAACGGCUUGGAUACACGACAGGCUACGGCUCUUUAAAUGGAUAUCCUGGUAGCACAGGACUGUCUGCGUACAAUCCCAUCAAACUGGAUCUUGGUGGCGUAGUUCUGGGCACGCUUGUAGGAAUCGGUGCCAUUAUACUAAUUCCCAAAAUUCUGUCGGCUUUUCAUGGUGGCUACGGAGGAUAUGGGCGAAGUGAAGAUAACGAUCUAACAUCUCUCAGCACAAUGAUAAACAAAAUUGACGAUGUACUGAGUCAAAACAAUAUUGACUCCACCAGCUGCAUGCAGCGCACAGUUUGCGGGUAUGUUCGGUCUACUGAAUAUAACAUGAAGGGUGGAUCCUCGGACCAAAUGGACGAAUUUAUUCAUAUGCUGUCAGAAAAUGUGUUGGUGGACUACCUUUUGGAUGGGACGGCAAUAAAAGAGGCAUUGGAAGUUGGCAAGCGCGAAAACGAUAAGCCAUGCGAAGAAGUAUACUCCAAUUGCCCUUUGGACAGUAAAUCCGCGUCGAAUAUUCUUCUGAAACUUCUUCCAAAGAAAAGCCCACAAGGAAAGAGGGCAUCGGCUAAGAUGUUCGGAGAAACGAAAGCUUAGCCAAUUUCAUUGGAUGUCAGUUUGGUUACCCUUAGUGUGUUGCAGGAUACAUUACAAAAUAU